AUGCGCACACGACCAUCAUCCGAACUGCACAAUCAAAGCGCUUCGCCUGCAUUUACUCUCAAUAGAGCCGCUGCAAAACACCAGCAAACGCCAUUUUCAAUGAAAAGACAUGGAUCGGCCGGACAGCGACUUCUGCAGCCCUGAAAACCCUCUGGUCAGCGAGAUGAAGCAUUUCUGCAAGAGAAUACAAGAAGCCUGCAACGAGCUGAAGGAGGACCUGACGCCCUACAGGAACGAGCGCUUCUACAGGUUGGCCCCCAUGCGUCUCUACACUCUCUCUAAGAGACACUUCGUCCUGGUGUUUGUGGUGUUCUUCUUCUGCUUCGGCGUGUCCACGCUCAUCGGUGUGUCAGGACCGAAGAUCAUCACUGAGAAUUAUUACAACGGUUUAAGCGUCAGCGUCAAUGCAUCAAAGACCGGCCCGUUUGACCUCAAAUCUCCGAUGCUGACCAACUAUAACCAGCAGCUGUGGCUCACGUGCAUCAUUCAGCUCAACACCAACAAUGUAGAUUUGAGUUGGAGGGAGUUCGGGAUGAACGUGGAGCUGCAGGGCGUGACGCAGGACGCCAGCGUGAUGCGCAUCAGCGACAACGUGCACAACAAGAACAGGAGCCUCCAGUGCGCCGCGCAUCAGCAGGCGUGUGAUGAGAUUAUGGUGCUGCAUCUGGGUUACCUGAACUACACUCAGUACAAGAUCAACGUCAGCUUCAGGAACCUCCAGCAAGACCUGAAGGACAACAUCAAAAAUGUCACUUUUGUAUUUAAGAUGUACAACGCCACGUUCUCUCAGGUGGAGAUCUGGUUCCGCUUUGUGUUCGUGGUGAUGACCUUCAUCGUGACUUGUGUGUUUGCGCACUCGCUGAGGAAGUUCUCCAUGAGGGACUGGGGCAUCGAGCAGAAGUGGAUGUCCAUCCUCCUCCCUCUGCUGCUGCUCUACAAUGAUCCCUUCUUCCCGCUGUCGUUCCUGGUGAACAGCUGGUUUCCGGGAACGCUGGACGCUUUCUUCCAGUCUGUGUUCCUGUGUGCGCUCCUGCUGUUCUGGCUGUGUGUGUAUCACGGCAUCCGAGUGCAGGGCGAGAGGAAGUUCCUGACGUUUUAUCUGCCCAAGUUGGUGAUCGUGGGGCUGUUGUGGUUAUCGGCCGUCACGCUGGGCAUCUGGCAGACGGUGAACGAGCUGCAGGAUCCCACCUAUCAGUACAAAGUGGACAUCCAGAACUUCCAGGGCAUGAAGAUCUUCUUCCUGCUGGUGGUGUGUGUGUACGUUCUGUACCUGGUGUUUCUGGUGGUGCGCGCCUGCUCCGAGCUGAAGAACAUGCCGUACACAGAUCUGCGGCUGAAGUUUCUGACGGCGCUGACGUUGGUGGUGCUGAUGAUCAGUGUGGUUAUACUGUACCUGAGGUUCGGAUCCAAGGCCUUGCAGGACAACUUUGUUGCCGAACUUUCCACCCACUACCAGAAUUCAGCCGAAUUUCUUUCCUUCUACGGCCUCCUGAACUUUUACCUCUACACACUAGCGUUUGUCUACUCGCCCUCCAAAAACGCUCUGUACGAUUCCCAACUGAAGGACAACCCUGCGUUCUCCAUGCUCAAUGACUCGGAUGAUGAAGUCAUUUACGGGAGCGAUUAUGAAGAAAUGCCUCUUCAAAAUGGCCGCGCCAUCAAAGCCACCGCCAAAUACCAGGAUGAGAGCGAAACCGACUGAAUCCGGUCUGACUCCGGAUCGCUCCUGUAUAUCUGAGGGAUUAUAUAGACUUGUUGACAUGACACCAGUCUCGUUAUAUACGGUGUAAAUAUACAGGCCUAUAUAUUUUUAAAGGUGAAGUGAUUUUUGAAUGUAACUCCAGUGGAAGAAGCAGCUCCAGCCGCCCUGAUGAUGAUGAUGAUGAAGAUGAUGAAGAAACCCGUCUGUCUUUAACCUCAGUGAGUGUCAGUGAAAGGCAGCGUGCAAAUAUCAAUUAUACAUCUGAUCUAAAUCCUGUUGAACCACUAUAUUCAGGGUGACUUGCGUGAAAAGAUGGCCAGAUUAUAUUUCACCUCGAAACUAAAAAGAGAAAAAGCAACAACAAAAUGUAUUAUAAAGGUUUUUUUUUUGUUUUUUUUUUGCAUUGUGACAUAAUUAAGCACUUCUUAAAACCCCAAAAGUUUAAGUUUACAAAUGUUUUUUUUAAGUGCACUUAAAUGUGUAACUCUUGAAAAUAAUGUGACUAAAAAAAUAUUAAGGUCCAAACUAUUUCUACGUAAUGCACAAUAUAUGUUUUGCUUUAUGGAGUGAAAUAUGACCUGUGUGUGUCAUGUGAUCUGCUUUAGGACGGUUUUCUGCUGAUUUCUGGCCGAUGUCCAGAUGUGCUCAUGUGAAUCUCUUUUCUUUUUUUGAUAAAAAUGUUCAUUUCAUUUACAUUCCUAAAGCCUUCUUUUCUCACAUUCCUUUUUUUUUUAUUGUGCCUGUAUUUAUUAUUUUGUGGAUGUGGUGGUCGGUCGGAUCUGUGUAAAUGUUUGUCGGUUCACUUCUCUGUCUUAAAGCUGUAAUGCUGUUUGGAUGGAGGAUCUGACGGAAAUGCUUUGCUUUACAGAUGAACAUUUACUUGAGUUGAAGCCGUUCUCCAUGAGUGUAAUAAACAGCAUCAGGGUCAUCAAGUCAUUCCUCAGUCCACACACACACUCCUUCCAUUGCACUGUUGUGAAAACUGUCUGAGAGAAUAAAACCUGCAGAGAUUUUUAA